CCUCUUUGUUGUUUCAGUUUAUUGUUUUGCCCAGAACCCGUGAGGGCUAAGGGUGAAGUGGUCCGUUUAUUUUAUUUUGUAUUCAGUGUGUAGACUAUCUGCGGUUAUUUGUUUUAUCUGGCACCUGUUGAGAUUUACGAUGCGCGCGUUCUUAUUCUUUUUCACUGCUUGUUGGACUUAACCAGUUCCACCGCUGGGUGGCGCGAGGCACUCAUCUGAAGACUUUAUUGGCAUGACAACCACACACGUGCGUUGUCGUGCCAAUAAACAGAAAAAGUAAAGACCAUUUAAAUUAAUCAAGGGGAAAUUAAAAAAAAAAAGCAUUUACAUCAGCCUACUAUAACUAAUGGAACCAUUUAUUAGGCUACUUGCACCCGCCAAGUAGCCAAGUAGCGUCAUCAGAAACUUAACACACACGUCUGUAGACCUCUUUCACGCUAGUAUGCCGCGCGACUCGAAAUUCAUUGUCACGUGAUCCGACCUUUAAUCUAAAUUGCACAACUGCCGGAGAUACAGUUGAUUUUAAUCGCCCUGCCCACUUGAGGAAGAGGCUCAGUGCCCAUAACCCCGGGAUUCACAUCACGUAUCGUUAACAUCCAGGAUAUGUCGGUAGCAUAAAAGCCCAGUAGUCUACUGCAGUUUGUGACUUCGAGCACAGAGGAAGGCACGAGACUAGCCAUGUCGACUUACCUGCUUAUUACCGGAGUGGCGGUCGGUGUGUCUGUUGUCUUGUAUUAUAAGUUCGUCAAAGGAGCGAAGUGCAAGAGCAAAGCGAAACUACACGGCAAGACCGUCAUUAUAACCGGGGGCAACACUGGCAUUGGGAAGGCCACAGCCUUGGAGCUGGCCCGGAGGGGGGCGAGGGUGGUCCUGGCCUGCCGCAGCCGGCCAAGGGCCGAGGCUGCUGUCAAUGACAUCAAGAAGAAGAGCGGGAGCAGUGAGGUGGUGUACAGGCAGCUGGACCUGGCCAGUCUGGAAUCGGUGCGCUCAUUCGCCGAGAAUUUCCUGAAGACUGAGCCCAGGCUGGACCUGCUCAUCAACAAUGCAGGGCUUUUAAUGGGUGGCCGGACGGAGGAUGGGCUGGGCAUGAUGUUCGGCGUCAAUCACCUGGGCCACUUCCUGUUGACCAACCUGCUGCUGGAGAGGCUGAAGGAGGGCGGGGCGGCUCGCAUCGUCAACGUGGCCUCUCUGGGGCACCGAUUCGGCAGCAUCGACUUCGACUGUCUGAGCGCUCACAAGGAGCUCGGGCGGGGAAGCUCCACCUUUGGUCUGAUGAAGAUCUACAGCCACAGCAAGCUGUGCAACGUCCUCUUCACCCACGAGCUGGCUAAGCGGCUACAGGGCACCAGUGUCACCUGCUACAGCCUGCACCCAGGUGCGAUUAAUACAGAGCUGAGUCGCAACACUAGCAGGGUGCUGAGGGUCCUGCUCCUGCCCAUCACCGCGCUCUUCUUCCGAGGCGUGGAGGCGGGGUCCCAGACCACGCUGCACUGCGCCCUUCAGGAGGGCAUCGAGCGCUACAGCGGCCGCUACUUCUCCGACUGCGCCGUGCAGGAAGUGGACGCCAAAGCGCGCGACGACGCUGUGGCCAGGAAGCUGUGGGAAGUGAGCGAGACGCUGUGCGGCCUGCGCUGAGGCUCCGCCCACGCCGUGCCCAAGCCCCGCCCUCAUCCCACAUAAACCCCUCCCCUUCUCUACUCAUGCCCCGCCCUCAUCCCCAUACACUCCUCUCCCUUCUCUACCGAUGACCCCACCCUCAACCCCCAUAAACUCCUUCUCCUUCCACACGCAUGCCCCAUGCUCAUCUCACUUAAACUCCUCCCCUUUCCCCACCCAUGUCUCACCCUUAUCCCACAAAUUCUUCCUCCUUCUCUACCCAUGCCCCGCCCUCAUUUCUCAUAAACUCCUCCCCCUUCUCUACCCAUGCCCCACCCUCAUCCCCCAUAAACCCCUUCCCCACCCUCAUCCCACAUAACCCCCUCCCCCCUUCCCCACCCAAGCCCUGCCCUCAUCUCACAUAACCCCCUCCCCCUUCCUCAUCCAUGUACCCAACCACACCGUGGCCAGGACGCUGUGGAAAGUGAACAAGACACUGACCACAGUCACGCCUUUCUGGGCGGGGCCUCUUCUGAAAUUGAAAUAACUUUAACCACGAGCAUUCACAACAAAGGGACAUGAAGAGACAACAUUACUGAUCUGCCAUCUCAUAGAUUACUCAUGUGGCUGCUCAUUUUAAUGCCAGAACGCUAAAGAUUAUGCCAUGAAAACAAUACUGAGAACAGCAACUUAUAAAUAUAUCUUUCUAAUUGGGUUCUAAUAACAAUAAUGUAAAAAUAAAAGAUGCUGGUAUCGUUUUGAUAAUUUUAAGAAUGACGUUAUUAAACCGAUGGUAUGAUACGUUUAACUACAAGUUACCAGUUCUUAAUAAUAUGUUAGUUAUAGUUUGAAGGUGACUUCUUGGCAAGAAUGUAUUGGUUGGGGUAUUAUAAUUAAAAAAGACUGUUGUGACAGAUGAUAAAUGAUUGUCUUUUUUGUGAUAGUUGUCGUUGACUGUGUGAUUUAAAAAUUCAGUUCUGGCCAAAAACAGGAUUGAAAAACUAAUGUGAAACUAACCUUUUAACUUUUUGAACACCACACUGUGCAUUUAUAGGAAAAACACAUGGAUAAUUUUUUUUUAAAAUGUGACCAAAUACAUGCUUUGGAUACACACUUCAAAAUUUGGCACUUUCAUUUUUUAUCUCAUGUUAGAGUAUGGAAUUGGAGCUGCAAAAGAAGGUGUCACUUGAUGAGAUUAGACUAUUAGAUAUUAGUAAAUAUUUCUGGAGAUGUGAGUGAAUAUUGUGUUUUUU